AUGGCCCGCCGCGCUCCCGGAGGCCCGCGGCGGGGCGGGGGCGGGGCGCGAGCGCGGGGGCCGGCGGGCCGGGGGCGGGGGCGCUUCCCGUCCGGCCGCUCGUCUCCGCAGACGGCGUGCCCCACUGUGUCCCCGCGGAGCCCCGAGGAGGCCGCUGCCCCAGUGCCCGCAGGAGCCCCCGGCACCCGGCCCUGGCCCGCGGAGACCUCGGGUGCAGGUGUGCGGUCCGGGCGCGGAGGCCGCGGGUGCAGGUGCGCGGUCCGGGCGCGGAGACCGCGGGUGCAGGUGCGCGGUCCGGGCGCGGAGGCCGCGGGUGCAGGUGCGCGGUGUGGACGCGGCGGGCGCGGGUGCAGGUGUGAGGUCUGGGCGCAGAGGCCGCAGGUGCAGGUGUGCGGUGUGGACGCGGCGGGCGCAGAUGCAGGUGCGCGGUGCGGCCGCGGAGGCCUCAGGUGCAAGUGCAGGUGUCCGGUCCGGGCGUGGAGGCCGCGGGCGCAGGUGCAGGUGCGCGGUGCGGGCGGGGUGGCCGUGCCCCUGAGCUGUUGGUGCAUUAGAAGCGUGGCCGGCAGCGUUGGGACCGCAGGGCUCGGUGAUGAAACAGGGUGUGCGCUCACGUGCAGCAGCGUCGGGGGCUCCUCACCGUUCCAGUCUGUAGUGUGACUUCGGGAUGGCACUUCGUUGAGGCCAAAUCUCAGACCUUAUUCCUGCCAUCACUCUUGUCUUCGCUGAG